CUUCCCUCUCGGUGAAUAAUGUACAUGGGUUCGUCAGAAUUCUAUCGAGAGCAUGCUCGCUAACAUAUAAAUAAUAUAUGAUAUGUCUAUUUUAUAUGCUAUUUAAUACAAACAUAGUUGGAGUUGCUAUAUAUUUCAAAGAUAGAAGGCAGUUGAUCCGGAUCUUCGGUCAUAAGUUUAUCAGCAUGAACUAGGCUAGAUGACGUCACAGCCUCAGUUUCGACGAAGCAGUCUGCCAUCUUUAAUAUUGUGGCUUGUCUAACUUUACGUUAUAGCAAGCACUGAAUCAAUGAAAACUUCAUUGAAUUUCGACAUUUUGACACCUUAUUGUCGUCAACGAUAUAGUGGAAACCGGACAAAUUCAUAUGGCUACUAUGACGAAUUUACAGUGUAGAGGAGCUGAGAACGCGACGUUUUUGAACUGCAACGGCAAGCGUAAAGUAGGACUAUCUGUGUUCAGUUUCGAACUGGCAUCUGAUUGUGAGUGUGACUCAGAAUUUCAAAUAAAACUGUGCCACGACGUGAACAAAAGUGGAAACCCUGUUGAUACCGUCGUGAAUCACAGCGUUAGUAUUCUUUCAGCCACCGACCUGAACGGUAUCGGCAAGGUUGCUGAGGGUGAGCGUACUAACACCUGUCGGUGUCUUGGAGAGAAGUUGUGCAGGUGCCAAGACCGAGGGUCAAUACUGCAGGAAGAAGUGCGUGAAUGUAAACCACUUUUGAUUCUAAACCUAUCUUCUGAAAUAUCAAUACCUACCGCUAAUCUUAGUAGAACCCAUACGCUUUCUCAUUUCCAAUAUCUAUAGCUAUACAUUGGAUUUGUAGUUUAACAAGUACUCGCUCACAGUGUAGUUUUGUGAGUGUUGGGAAAUAAAUCUUAUCUAAUCUAUGGCAUUUAUUUACUACUUGCUAAAACAUCCAUAAAAGGAGUAGGGCCUAGUCGUUAUUGAUCUGUGCCAGAUUGCAGCCUGGACUAUUAGGAAACAAUCUGUUCUUGGGGCCAAGAUCUACAUAGGAAACAGCUGGUGACACACCUCUAGGUGGUGGCAAUGUGGCUUUCCCACUAGUGCAUUCUGGCAAGCUGGAUGUGAUGCAAUUUAUUUAUUAUAAUCGAUCGACGUUCAAAGGCUGAUAAUUCACUGUGUUGUUUCGUAAAAAAAACUUGCAUUUCUGCACAAUGGUGGAUCGAAUCACGGACCUAAAAGUAGUCGAACACAAGGCUGGAAACGCAAAGCUGGGAAUUCCGAUGGUUGAAGAGGACGUUAUGCUGAACAAUGCCGGGCACAGGGCGGCAGACGCGCAGACUGUGACGAUGAAACCGAGCGUCGGCGUCAUGCCGAUCGCCGAUGUGGUCGACGGAGAGAGCGCUCAGAAGAGGAUCAACACGUUCCAGAUCACGAGCGUGCGUCACAACAUGCCCGGCAGCGGCGAGCACGGCGAAGACAGCCAGGACGACCUCGACGAGACGAGUCACAUGGACGAGCUCAGCUCGGACAUCCUCGACAGCUCGAUCAAGACGGACGACCCGAACGUCUGGGACGCGUCGUCGGUCGGCACGGGCGGCAGCGCCACGAGCGACCGCAGUUUAGAGACCACCUCCGUCGCGCCCGGCACGGGUGGCAGCGCCACGAGCGACCGCAGUAUAGAGGCCACCUCCGGCGCGGUCGCGCCCGGCGUGGUCUCGUCUGCCGUGCACGCGAUUGCUCAGAACGGCAGCCACUCGCGCUUCAAGGUUGUCAAAGUGGAGACGCGCGAUCCGUUCAAGCGCGGCCGAUGGACUUGCAAGGACUACCUCGGCCACGACGGCCGCUCGCCCGACCAGCCGCAGCAUGCGCCAUUGCCUGCCGCGGAGCCGCCCAUCGUCGAACCCCUACCCGACGCUCAAGUGCCCGACCCCGCUGCACUGAUGGAAAGCACGGGGUCGAUCCCCGAGGUUGCGUCGACUACCUCGAAGGCCGGGUCCGAGACGUCGGCGGGCGUCCACGCGCUGGCGGCCGCGCUCAGCAGCAACGCGCUUCCGCAGUCGGUGAGAUCCGACGGACUGUCCGGCAACGUGACGGACAUGGCGUCGGCCGUCGGCAGCGUCAACGACACGGCGAGCAGCCACGGCGACCCGGAGUUCGACUUGUCCAGCAUCCACACGACGCAGCAGCUCGAGAGCAUGCUUCCUAAGUACGUGGCCGGCGGAGCGAACGAGAACGGAGGCGACGACGGUGCUUCUAGUAGUACAGUGGCUAUUGACAACAAGAUUGAGCAAGCAAUGGACCUGGUGAAGAGUCACCUGAUGGUCGCCGUGCGCGAGGAGGUGGAGAUCCUUAAGGAGAACAUCGUCUCGCUGAACGAGCGCAUCAGCCAGCUUGAGUACGAGAACAACGUGCUGCGCAACACUGCCACGCCCGAGGUACUCGCACAGCUGCAGCAGCCGAGCCCCACGGCGCCCUCUACGAAGAACACGUAGCGGCGCGGCGCGGCGACGACGACGCCGCCGCUGCCCAUCGACCGUCCCGCCCGCUUCCACGAGCGGGGUUGUCUCGGCUACAUGUGAUACGUUUGUUGUGCGCGCUCGCAACUUCAUGGCCUCCUGAAAUGCUCACACUUGUCACCCCGCCGCGGUGGGGUGGCCGCGCGCGCACUUUUCUCCGGAGAGUGGUUUUUCGGGAUUUCGGGCAGGAAAGUUUUUACAUUUGUUGUGCGCGCGCGCGUGGGUUGCAUUCGUGUGCAUGCGUGUGUUAUUUGUGCCUGGUGCUGACUGGCGCAAAGCUGCUCACUGUCACAAGCGGAGGAGCCACCUUUAGAUAGAUGAAGGAAAUACCGGGCAGGGUUAACGUUGGCAUGGUAAACCAUAACCAAGAUCCUCCUGCUAAUGGAGUACACGGUGGUGCCAUCUAGUGGACAUUUAAGCUGCAAUUAAGUAGUAUAUGACAUUUGUUCACUUGCAUGCAACCUUACUGCUUUGAUUUUGCGACUGGUCGUAGUCAAGCGAGUUGCAUUAAAAGUAGGUGAUCUUGAUAACAGUAUAUUAAUGACAAUAAUAAUAAUAAUAAAUCAUUAAUCGCCGAAUUCAAUCUCGGCGCUCUGGCAUUCUACAAGCAUCGAUAAUCGGAUGGCUGUAACUUGUGUAAUCCUGCCUACCUGUGCAGUGUGGAGUGUGCCUAGCAUUAGUGGGCAUAGAUAUCGUUUGGAUAUGGGUGCAUCACGUAAAUGACCAGCUUUCUACUGUACGCAUAUCUGCUAAGCCUUUUUAAUCUAACUAAAUAAGGCUACGAAACAAAACAUUUAUGCAUGAGCCAGGAGGAAUGUGUAGCUAUAUAUAGAGAAUCAUUAAAAGUGCAAGCAAGUGAGAUGAAUGCUUCAAUCUGGUUUCGGUCACUAGUGAGUCGAUUAAUCCUGCUUCCUCAUUCAAUAUACUAACAGUCUGUAUCUUAAAAGAAGGCGUGGUAAAGCCUUUGUGCCAUGUAUUUGCCGUAUUCUUUCCGGCUAUGCUCGUUGCAGUUUAUACUCUGCAAUGCUUCAGUUAUUAAUGAAACUCUUGGUUAGUUGAAAGUUGUUGGUUAUUUUGAAGUUGUCUUUGAAUUAUAAUUUAGCGUCUGUGUAUUUUGUUAGAAGGUGAUGUGUAUUGUCUUGCCACGAGAUACCUUCAAACGGUGAAUGAAGAUUCCAGUCUAUGAUGUACAUACCGUUUCGUGAAAGAUUCGCAACAAAGAUUUUGUUCUGUGACAGUAUUAUAAUUUUUAUUACACGAUGUCUGAAUUUAUAGUGUCGGUCUGACGUGAUGUCAAGUCACAAGAUGCUGACAGACUAUGCUGCUGCCAAAAGGCAGUGUGGUGGAGAGGCUGAGAAGCAUGCAGCCUGUGAGAGUAGUGCGAGAAUGGUGACACAGAGAUAGCAAGAUUGUGUGUUCUUCACUCGUGAUUACUUCGGCUGUCAACGUAGUGUGAGCUCUCAGUGGCAGUGAGAUGUAGCUGUGUCUGGGAGCAAAUGACCAGUGUGGCUGUAUAAUCUCCAUCAUUAUCGAUCGGUUUCGGGUAAUUAUUAUUACUUGGUUUAUGUAUUUCAGGAGUUUCAGGUUUGAUAGCUGCAUUCAUUCUCAAGCUUGUGCCUUGUUCGUGCGGUACGUUAUGUCUCCUCUGAUUGAGCGCCACCCUAAUAAUAUAUUACACGUGUAAUUAAGCAUUAAUAAUAAGCUAUGGAUAAGUAACAAGAAAGACGGAGAAACAAUGAGACAGAGUGACAGCCAAGCAAACUUAAUGGAGAAUGAUUCAUUCAAUACCUACAUAAAUAUGUGGCGAUGUUUUUGAGACUGGUGGCAUGUUGUUACUUGUAACUCACGUGUGUAUAUACGGUAGGCAUUGUAUAAAGAGCGUAGACUGCUGUUGGACAAUUGCCGCUCAUUGUAACAUGUCCAGACGAGAGACUAUUUUAUGCAAAGUGCGGUAAUUUGGCUUAAGAUGUUUAAAUUUUAAAAAUACAAUGUGCUAUUUGUGAUUAAAGCCAAUCAUCAAUCAA